UUCGCUGGGGAGUGUAAACACAACGCUUUAUCUCUUAAGUCGAUGCUCUCAUCCACUAUAACAGCAAAGCAAAUACCCAAAUCAUGCAAAAAUAUUACAAAUCCUCACAAGCUCAUUAGGACAACAGACAUGCAAAAUUUGAUAGGAAAAUCUAAAAUGCAAAUCUCAGCAGACGGGAAUGGCAGUCAGGCAUUUUCCGAUUUUUUUAAAAGGUUAAAUAAGCAAAACAACAAAGACAUUGAGGUUGCUCACUAACAUCUCAGCUUCUAAAGACAAAACAAAGCUUCAUAAACAAAAUAUUAGCUUAAAACAUAAAAACUUAGUAAAUGACUGCUAGCUUUUAUUUAAUCUUAAAACUUUAAUGGGGCAGUUGUGGCCUAAAGGUUAGAGAGUCAAACUUGUCAUCUGACAGUUCGAUUCUCACGGUUAACAUGAAUGUGAAAGCUGCACGUGUGUGUGUUCACUGCUUGAUAGGCAAAAUACAAUGAUCACAUAGAUGACCAUACUUGACAAUAACGUCACUUUCAUUUCAUUGUUGAGCUCACUUCAUCUUUGUCCAUUUUUACAUUUGCAUACAUUAUUACUGACUUUCAAAUUUGAAUUUUGUAUGACCAUAAUGAGCAUGUCUUAGUACGGUGUUGACUGAACAGACCUUCACAGAAGAGAUGAAGAUUGUCGUGUUUGCUCUUUUUCUGUCAGCUCACUGUGAGCUGACUGUAGCUCUGCAAAGAAACCACUUCUUUAUAAACGAAGCCAAGACAUGGAGCGAUGCUCAGAAAUAUUGUAGAGACAACUAUGAUGAUCUGUCAAGUGUAGGCAGUCAGGAGGAAUAUACAAAGAUUAACACCACACUGUACUCGUGGAUUGGUCUGAAGAAAACCACUACCAACACAUGGCAGUGGAGUGAUGGAAGUGAUCAAGUUUUUUACAUGUGGGCAAAUGGUCAACCAAGCAAUUCAGGCAAUGACAACCUUUGUGCUGUAGUUCGAAAUGGUGAGUUGUAUGACUUUCACUGUUCUUUAUCAUACCCUUUCUUCUGCUACAAGUGGGAGCCUGAACUGAUCCUGGUGCGAGAGAAGAUGAGUUGGGAGGAUGCGUUUGAACACUGCAGGAGUCACUACACUGAUCUGGCCAGUCUGCCUACAUAUUCACAUCUCAUCCAAGUCAACCAAAGCAUCUCAAGCACUGAAACCCCCAGCGUGUGGACCGGUCUGAGGUUUCUGGCAGGUUCUUGGUUCUGGUUGACCGGAGAGGAUUUGGGAAACCUGGUUGAUCUGCCAGCAUGUCCUGUCAAUUACUCUUACUGUGGAUCUCUACACCUGGAAACUCAGCGAUGGGAGAACAGAGGCUGUAUGGAGAAACUUAACUUUGUGUGCUAUUAGAGAGGAAUGCUUUAAGAUCAACAGAGAAAACAUUUACAAAGAAGGAAAUUAUUAUAAAUUAAUUUAUGUCUAGAUAGCUAUUGUAGUUUUCAACUUAAAUAUGAUAAAUAAACAGGACAUAAUGUUUACAAUUUACACAGAAGUAGUGCUUGUGCAUAAAUGAUUUAAAUAUGUAUUCAAUGUAAAUUUCUGUAUAUCACUUUAACACAAAUGAUAAUAAAAAUAAUAGGGGAAAAUCAUGGUAAUAGAGUUACACUGCCACUAGAUUUUUAGUGCCCCUUGCAAUUAAUGAACCAAAAUUUAAGAACAAUAUAUCAGUUUGUAUGUGCCUUAAUAGUAGCACAAAAAUGUCCUGGUAAAAUUAAAUCUUAAAAUGAUGAAAAAAAAGUGCUCUGUAACAGAGUUACAGAAAAUGUCUUACCAUAAAAGUCAACAUCUUCAAACAUGCGGUUUUCAAAAAUAACAUAAAAAAACUCAUAUAUAAGUGUUUCUACACUUGUUUCCUAUAAUAUGACCAAAACUUUUGUGACUGUGACUAGUUUGGUGUAUUUUUAAGUUCUAAGACAUCUAUGUUUCAUAAGUUAUGGUAACGGAGUUAAAAAUGGUCCUAUUGUUAAAACAAUAUUUAAUUCUAUAAAUUGUUAUAAAAAUAUAUGAAAUAAUACAAGUAUCAUCUAUUCAUUGGUAAUAGUGUGUUUUGAAAUGUUUUUGUUAGGAAAUAAUGUUUCACCAUGACCAUGCACCAUUGACCAUGCACAUCAAAUAUGGUGCAGUUCAGAACAUAAUUUUGUGAUUUGUCUAAUACACAAAAACCUGAGAAUAGCUCCCAUUUUUGUAUGAAAUAUUUCAAAUAAAAUAUACUAAAUGAAGUGUCCUACCAUGGUGCUUUCUUUUGGGAAUUAUUUUUAGUUUUGGGCUUAAUGCCAUUAAGGGAGGGGGAAAAGAACAGAAUUUUUGGUAACAGAGUUACGGUAACGGAGUUACAGA